AUGCCUGGUAUAACUCUGCCUGCGUUUCCCGAUAAUGUGCCCACUCACUUCCUGCCUACCAUCGAUUUCGAACUCGUCAAAGCGGGAAAUCGAGCGGAAAUAGACCAUCUGUGGGAGGCUGCUGUGACAUGUGGUUUCUGGUACCUCAAAAAUCAUGGUGCUGAGCAAGAGGUCACAGCUAUGUUUGACCUGGGAGCAGAAACAUUUGCGCUUCCCUUGGAGGAAAAAAUGAAGUAUGAGCAGGGCGACUCCGGUCGCUCGUGCGGAUACAAGAAGAUAGGUGGAAAUGCCGUUGAUGCGGCCGGGUUGCCAGACAUGACCGAGUUCUUGAACGUCACUAAAGAUGACGUUCUUGCUUUCCCCGAGGUGGUUCACCGAACUUAUCCUUCUACGGUGACUGCUGCGAUCCCAUCUGUCGUGCACCCUUUUGUAUGCAAGUCCAUCGAAGUUAAUAACACCAUACUGCGGAUCUUCACCCAAAAACUGGGCCUACCUGAGGGUACUCUGGAAGAACUCCAUGCUCGCGACUUACCCAGUGGUAGCGAAAGCAGGGUAAUUAGGAGCCCACCGAUGCCUGGCAAAGAUACUGCCGACCGUCCUAUGAUCGGGUCUCACACUGAUUUUGGAUCUCUUGCAUUUUUGCACAACAUCCUCGGAGGACUGCAGGUCCUCCUCCCUGGGGAGACGCAGUGGGCUUACGUGAAGCCAAUUCCUGGACAUGCCAUUUGUAACGUUGGAGAUGCUCUCACGGUUUUCAGCGGUGGUAUUCUCAAGUCUGCCGUCCACCGUGUGGUCCCGCCUCCUGGAGCUCAGAGAGAAUACGAACGGUGGUCUCUUGUAUUCUUUACCCGCCCAAACAAUACUCAGGUGCUUCGUGCGUUGGUGGAGGAUAGUCCGGUAAUCAUGGAGUUUGUAAAGCAAUAUCCAGAGGUUGUGUUUGAGACUGGGUCCACUGCUGAGGAGUGGUUUUCCAGGAGAACCAAAUACCAGAGGCUUGGAAAUAGAGAAGGAUCCCAAUCAUGGGCUGCCAGCAGAGGGACUGAACACAACCCAGUAGCAAGAUAA